AUGCAUCAUCCAGAGACUCGGAAGUACCAACUCUUCCCAAAGGACCGCCCAACACGGCCGCCAAAGAGUCUCGACCCUGAGCAAGCUUUCGCCCUGGCCAUGGGACAGCCCGAAAAGACAGAAAAGCCCUGCAGCAGCAGCGGCUCGCUGCGUCUGCGCAUCAAGGAGCACAACCUGAUCAGGCGGCGGAAAGUCAGCAUUCCCGAGUUGGGCCCCAUGACAACGGUGCAAGAAGUCCCAAUGGAUUCGCCCACGAUUCCUGGAAGACCGCCCCUUCACGAGAGGUCUAACAGUGCUCCGGGACACCAUGUUAAGCAACACAGAUCAACGGGCUCUACUUCAUCCGUAACCGCAUACGACGUCGAAAGCAGCGGCAGCACGACGCCUGCUCGCUCGCCCGACCGCCAUCAACGAUCUGCUUCAGAAAACCAGACUCCUCGACAGCCCAUCUCGCCGAAGCAACUCGCGCCCCUUGUCAUUCCCACCCACAUCGGCAACGUGCCUCGCCUGGCCAGGCAAAUUUCGCACAACCGCAUGCGCUCCGGCAGCAGUGGCAACGAUUGUGGCCAGCUUUCUUCCCGCGCCGAUGAUUCUCCUCGAUCGCAAACCCGCACUCCCUUCACGCCCUUGACCGCUUCAACUGCUCUCACGACUCCUCUGUCUGCAUGCCCUAGUUUCCAAUCCGCCACAACUCCCGUGUCAGCUCCCAUCAUGGAGCAUCACCGAUCGUCACCCAAGCCGUGGGAGAACAUCACCCCGAGAGCGACGACCCCAAGCCUGCCUAGGGAGACUGCUUCACCUGAAGCUGAAGCUGCCCCUGCGAGACCUUACCUUCACGGACACAGGAGAGGACAGUCCGAGUCAGGUAGCAUCAUGGACCGAGGAAGGCCCAGAAAGCGCAGUGAUGUGCGCAACAACAACGGCCCUCUUCUUAAGCGCAGUGCGUCAACUCGCAACAAGAGCGCCGAGCGCAAGGCUUUCGAGGAGCUUCCGACUGGGUGGAAGGCGAGCGAUGCGCCUAAGCACAUGGAUCAGGAAGAGCUCGCAGCUCUUCAGAGGCAAGCAUUUGGCCAGGCAUCCAGAUUUGAGAUUCUGAGGAAGGAGGACGUGGAGUUGCUAUCAAGGGAACUUCGUCAGCUCGACGAGCGAACUGAGUACCUCCGCCGUACUUACAACUCACUUCGUGCAGGCCGUCGCAACUUGCACUCGCGCAUUUGCCAGUAUCUCCGCUCACCCCGGAUGGCCAAGUUCAGCACCGACUCGAUGCUCAAGCAGGAAGAAGCACUUGCUGAGCUUGACACGUCGAUUGACGACUGGGUCAACAAGCUGGAACAGGCCGAGAACCGUCGCACACGGGUACGCCAAAAGCUUCUGGAACACGUUGCUGCCGCAGCUACCCUCCCUACUCCCGCGACAGCGGCCGCGAGCGAGUCAUUGCAGCUUGCCAUGGGCGUCCGGACGACUCCACAAGUGGGUGUUGGGAACAUCUCCACCCCUCCCCGAAGCCCCACCAAGACUGCUUUCUCCUCCCACACCAGUAGUUCCCCUUCACCUCAACGCGUCGUUGCCCAGGUGCCCAGCACCAUCGUGGAGCAGCCCAUCAUCGAGGAGUCUUCCGCCGCCGCCGUUGCCAAGCACGCUUCGACCUUCAGCCAGCGCCGUGCCGACUGCGAGAGCAUCCGCAUCUACGCCGACAGCGACGUCUACGCUCUCCUCGCCGACGUCGAGAACGAAAUCACAAAGAUGAGCGCCGCGGCGGUCCAACCCGAGCCUGCAGCUUCGGGAAAUCUUUCCGAUGACGAGGUCAAGGAGAUUCACCGAGCUCGCAGCCAUGAGGCCCUCAGUGGAUCGUCUGCCUCGAGUGCCAAGAGUCCCGUCCCAUCUACAAACGCACCAUCGCCCACACCCAAGGAUGACCCGGUUGACGAAGAGCCAAUCCUCCUCACCAACGCCGUCUUCCGAGGCUAA